AUGUCGUUCGUCGUCUUAUCCCCUCACGCGACCUCCACCCACUCCCUUCCCCUCCCUCCCGCCGACAACACCGCAUCAGCCUCGGCGCCCGCAGAUUCUUCCAGGACACGUCGAAACGUCCCUCGGCGGUCUCGCAAUCAGCCUCAGCCUUCUCCUGCCCCGACAGUCGCCAGUGCGUCAACGAACGUCUCGACUCGAUCUCGCUCCCGCAAAUCUAAUUCGGUCGGUCGCAGCCAGAACGGCGUCUCACCGGACAAGGCUACACAGGGUGACUCGGGCUUCAGCACCCCUGCUCUAGACAGGACGACCGCCAAUGUGGACGCAGAGGACGUGGACGCCGCGGGGGAUGAGGAAGGAGAGGCGUCCAAUUCAACCUGGGUCCCGCCGCCUCGUUCGCGUCAGCCGAGCAAUGGCAGCGCGACUGCAACUCAGCCAAGGAUCCGCUUGACUUUCGGCAAGAAGCGGAAGGCUGUUGAGGAGGAACCUAAGGAGACAGCUCAGCCAGAGCCGGACGAAGCCGCGCCGACCAUCGCCCAAGAGGAGGAUCCGCCCUCGGCGCCUACCGUAGUCCAGCGGGACUUUGCCAAGCACAUCGCUGCACUGGAUGCCGGGCCCGACGCCGAACGACAAAUGAGAUGGAACAGGGGCUUGUUCUCGCCCGACCCUAUGGACAUCAUCGGUACCAUGAGCAGUCCGGAAUCGGAACCGGUCCGCCUGUCGUCCCUGCACGACCGGAAGCCGGAGAACGAGGCAAAUGGUGCGAGUGAGUUUCGAGCUCGAUGGGAUGCCAUCUUUGACCCCGAACUUCCUUUCCUCGAGACACAAGCCGAGCCCGACGGCGGCGCAUCCCUUGGAGAAGACUUGUCCUCCUUCCUCCCGUCCGCUGACCCUGCAGCGAAGCGCCGCCGAGGCUCUACAGAUCCAUUGACCGAGCCGGACGAUGAGGCACAGGCUAUGCCAGAGCAGGGGGCGGAGAAUGGGGCGGAGGGGCCGGAGGUUGGCGUGGAGCAUGGGGUGGAGCACGGAGUGGAGAUUGCCGCGGAGAAUGGGAUGGAGAAUGGGGUGGAGAAUGGGACGCCGGCGCCAGAGGAGCUUACUGGAAAGCGGGCGCCGAGAAAGAAGCGCAAGUGGCUGAAGAAGGGUGAAAGUGAGGCAAUCCGGGCACACGAAAUGCAGGGACAAGCUGACUUGGUAGUCGAUCCGGAUGAUACCCAGGCGGUUGCGAGGCAGAGAGAGAGGCAUGAGAUGAUAGACCAGGCGAUUGCGAACCUCGACAUGCAGUACCAGAUGGUGGAAGAUGAGACCCACAUCCAGCUGCUUCAGCUCUGGGAGGAGCUUGAUCGGCGUCGGGAUGUGCAAUUUGAAAGGCUUGAUGCGCGUCAACAGGCGGUGCUGAAGGAACUUACCAUUGUCGCCAAUCACGAGGAGCGGAGUCACAUUGAGACGUGGGACUUCACGAGGGACAAGAUCCGGCGCGAUUUGGUCCAAUCAAUAGCCGCCAAAAAGCGGAAACUCGACGGCGAAAAGGCCAUGUUCAAGCGGCAGCCCACGGACUACCCUCUUUCUCGCGCCGGACCGGGCGGAGGCGGAUGGAAGAUCUACGACGAGCACCUCAUGAGCGAGAAAAACACGCCGCUCGUACCAACCUUCCUCGGUGGCAAGGUCCGCCAGCGCCGAGAUCUCAGCUCUCGCCCCUCCCUGUUGGACCCGGCCAGCAUCGCUGAGGAUCUGGUGAUAUACGACGUGCGCCAGCCAAAGAAGGUAAAAUCUUCCGAGGGGUCCGCUCCCCAACCUGCGGCUUCAUCCUCGUCAGCCAAUCCCCCGUCCGGAUGGAAGAACCCCGUCGCUCCCUCGUCAAACUGGUCCGGCUCCACCGCAGCCCCAAAGCCUGCUCCGCAGCACAGCUCGGGCAUGCCUUCUUCAUCACACGGUGGCGGACCUCCAUCGGUAGCGCAGUACCCGCCCGGGUCUCGUCGUGACGAUCGGCCUCAGCCGCUACCCCCAACGUCCAGGGAGAUUCAGCAUGCGGCGGGUCGGCAUCGGUAUCACGGCGAGUACCAUCCCGGGAACAGCUCAAGUUCAGCUGGGUACAUGCGUCCGCCUGCACCGCCUGGCCAAUCCUCCUCUUCUCGCCCGAGUACUACUCUGGCUCAGCUGCCUCCUCGCGCGCCGGUACCUAGCGGAUCCGCCCUUGGCGCGUCACGGAAUGGUCUGCCUACCCAUGCGGACCGUACGAGCCAUGCACCGGUCGGUACGAGAUGGAACUCGUCCGUCCCACCUGUCCCGACCUGGGAGCAGCGGCACGGGAGUCAGCCGCCCUCGUCGCAGCAAACCAGACCGCAGCAGAACGGCGCUCCUCCGUCUUCCCAGACUCCCCAGCAACCUCCAUCGAGUCAUGCACCCCGGACUAUGCAUGGCUGGACGCCAUAUGGGGACCGGAGCGGGUCUACUGGACGGCGAGAAUCGGGCUCAGGCGAUCAUCCCAGCGGAUUCGGAUAUCCUGGCUCAUCCGCCACACCGGAACGGCAGUUGGAUCCGCGUCGGCCAGAGAGUCAUUCCAAUACCCCGUCCGGACCGCCCCACUUGGCCCAGCACCCUGGUAGCGCUAGCUCGCGGCCCCAACUUGCUCACGGGAACAGCGGUCCCCCUCUCCCUGCUCAGCCUCAAUCGCAGCCGCCACCCAACCGGGCACCUCGGCCCCUGCACGGCGAGCCGCCGUAUAAUGAUCGGAAUGGAUCGAGCGGGCGUCGGAUGAGCACUACCGAUCGUCCGGGCGGCUAUGCGUUCCUUCCUCCCGCUGCGUCAUCUGCAAGCGGAAUGCCGAGUCACGCAUACUACCCACCUCGGACGGACCCCGCACCCCCAGGCAGGUCGGCGCAUCAACGUACUCCCGACGACCACCGGCCGCGCGCGCAGACAGCAGGACUCGUCUCUGGACCCGAGAUGUACACGCCCAGCAGACACCUUGAGGGCGUCUGGACGUCCCGGACGGACUUUGGCGACCGGGCAGAUAGGCGGCAAUUACCCGUUCACGAGGCACCUCGGCCUCCGGUGAUGGGUACGCCACCCCCAUUGCAGCAGGUACCGCAGCCUUCUAGUACCGGUGGGGCGCCUCCUCAGGUGGCGCUGGGCGGACCGUCUAGGCCUGGAGGGUCGUCGACUUUGCCUCAGACUGCGACGGCGGUCACGCCGGGAGCGAGCGGAGAAGGGAGUCAGGCGGGGCCGAGCGGGGGAAGUGGGGCGAUGGCGGGGCGGUAG